CACAAUCCAACCCAUUUCAGCGGGAAGAAGUAAAUAAACUCACCAAACCGAAGAGCUGUGUUAGCUUGUUCAUGUCGCCAUGGAGAGAAAUGAAGAGGCAGCUUGUUUGCUCAUUUUGCUCUGUGUCUGGUGGAAGAUGAGGCAGCGAAUCCAAGAUGAGAAGAUAAACGCUGAGCGGCGUUUACGCAGACAGCGUAUGUUGGCUGCGAGGCGCGAGAGAGCGAUGCAGAGACGAGCAUGCGAGUUGCAACGGCAGCGAAAACGACAACUGUUGAUGGCAAUGAUGAUGCAUCACUAUUACACCACUAUAAGGCGUCCCCCCAGGGUGUGGGCCUACCCUCGAACAGGUGACUGGUGGGAGAACACCGCACAAAGAUUCACAGAUGACCAGUGGCUGGAGGACUUCAGAGUUUCCAGAGACACAUUCACAUACAUUUGUUCAACUCUGAAGUCUGCACUACAGAAAAAAGACACGCGAUAUCGACUAUGCAUACCUCUGGAGAAACGGAUAGCCAUUGCUUUGUAUAAACUGGCAUCAUCUUCCGAGUACGGCACGGUGGCUAACCUGUUUGCUGUCAGUCGGACUUCUGUUUGCCACUGCGUGCAUGACUUUUGCAAGGCUGUGAUUGCGAUUCUUCGGCCAAAAUUUAUCCAAACACCCGACCGGGCCAGACUUUCUGAGAUUGCAGAUUUUUUCGAGGAGAAGUAUGGAAUUCCCCAAUGCGUUGGCGCUAUACAUGGCUGUCACAUCCCUAUACUGAAACCUUCACAGUACGAGUCAGAUUUUGACAAUGGAGAAGGCUGGCAAUCCAUAAUUUUACAAGCAGUUGUGGAUGGUAAAGGGAUGUUCUGGGACCUGGAUAUUGGACAGCCAGGGAGCAAAGAUGACUCUAGUGUCCUGCGAAAGUCACACCUUUGGACUUGGGCCACAACUAGCGAUGCAUUUUCUAGCAGAGUUAAAGACGUAUGCGGAACGGAUGUAGGCUACUUUAUUCUUGGUGACUCUGCUUACCCGUUACAGAGAUGGUUGUUAAAACCAUAUCCUGAUACUGGCAGGAUUACAGACGGACAAGAACUGUACAAUGCAAAAACAAAUCAAGCUCAUUGUGUGGUUGAGCAAGCAUUCGGGAGGUUGAAAGGGAGGUGGAAGUGUAUCAGUAAGAAAAAUAAUUGCAGUGUUAAUCUUGUGAUUGACAUGGUGGAGGCAUGCUGUACACUACACAACCUGUGCGAAUUACGCAUGGACAGAUUUUUGCCAGAAUGGGGUGCUGAUGGUGGUAAAGUUCUUGAACGACCACCUUGUGAUGUUGAUGAUGAUGGGUCAGAUGCAAGAAAUGCCCUGGAACAGUUGUUCAUGCAACAACAACAACUGUAAGAUAUUGUGUUUGUUUGCUACAAAUAAAACAGUUUAAAUGAA